CUGGACAUAACUAAAUUAAGAAAUACUCCUACCAAGUAAUGGCGACCAACGGAGGCAGCGGCAGCGGCCGAGUCGUUUACGCGGACAAUAAAAUGGAAAGGAGACCGAUGAAGUUAGAGAAUCCAUUUACCAUAAAAGUGGGUCAAGUAUUCACCGGUUUUGGAGUUGGUUGUGGUGUUGGCAUUGGCGUCGGUCGUCCUAUAAAUUUAGGUGCAAUACCAGUCCUGGGCCAAGUCAUGAGUGCCGCCAGGGGCGCAACUGAUGCAUUUUCUGGUGUGCAAAGGCAUGUCAAUAAUUCUCUAAAGAAAGUAGGUGCAAAGAACAUUGAAGCUGGUAUUGGCUGUGGAGUGGGUUUUGGCCAUGGAUUUGGAGUUGGCCUUGCUGUGAAGCCUAGUGUGCUACAUCAGAUACAUUCACAAUUUCUACAAGUGGCAACAGGUGUGAUGGAAAGACUUGGAAUUAAUUCCAGUUCUACCCUGUCUGCUAGCCAAGGGAUUAUUUCCCCUCCAUCUUUACAAAUUGGCAAGAGCGCGGUAGACGAAUCAUCAUAUGAAAAUCGAAGCAGGGCCCAGUUAGCAAAUUCAUCAUCUAAUAAAAGGAAUGGGACUGCACUAUUUUCUCCAGAGGGGACUUUAGCUCCGAGUCCGACAAGUGCUACAACAGAUACAGAGUAUACCAGUCAAACAGAGAAAGUCCUAAACAACUUUUUGAAAAAUCUCAAAGAGGACGGUAGCUCCUCUCAGGAACAAGGUCGGGCAACUCAAUUGGAGAAUAACGUGCUUCAAAUGGUGUUGAAACACCAGGUACUCAUUGAAGAACUAAUGCAAGAAAACGAUAAGCUUCGCCAGAUAUUAGUUGAUGAGUUAAAAGUCCAACCCAGCAGGCUCCAAUCUAGUGCCACAAGCCGGAGUAAGUCCUCAUGUACCGAAUGUUUUGAAUGCCGUAGAAGACAAAGGAAAAGGUGAAAGGGACAAACGUCUUACCAAUUUCGUUAACCAGUUAGUCCGAACAAAUAUAAGUUUGUCCAUCGACUCCAUCCCAGCUGCAAUUGCGAGUUGGCAUGGUGGAUCAAAUUUUGCUUGAUCAUUACGGACACCGUGAAACAGUGUCAACUACUUCAACGCACUCUUCCUUGUAAGGAAGGAGUUAAUACGUGCGAAAUCCACCAUGGCACAUGCUCAUCAAGUUAGGCCACUUUGAAUAGAGCGUUCCGCUAUCAUAGUUGAAUAUCCGAAGAAAGUACAAUCCCGGUAUGGAGACGUUCAUACUAUGUAUGCAUUGUGCUUGUUUCAUACUUUGUCAUUUGGGGGUGAUUAUAACGAAAGAUGUAUUGUGAUUCUUGGAAAUGAACACAUUUGAAUGUUUAGUUGUGAAGAUAAAACAUUGAAAAUUA